AUGCAUUACUUGCGAUGGGUGCUAUUGGGGCUUGUGAGUGCUGGCAUCGGUGCAGAAUCCUUUGCGGAACAGAACCUGUUGGAAUGGUGGCAUCGCAGCAAUUUCGGAUACGAGGUGCUGACACAUGCACUGAAUGGGAGCAGCAUUAUCUCUCCUUCGGAUGACGAUUCGAACUGCAUGUGGUACCUCGAACAAGUGUUAAAGGGAGCAGUUGAAAACAAACUGGAAGAUCUACGGGUACUUGAUGCCUGGGGGAAGCUGCCCAGCGGCUUGCUCUACGGCCACCUUGUGGAUAUGGGCAAUUAUGAGUCGUGUCUCCUAGGGAAUACGAACAGCGAUACAAAGUAUUGCCUCGCAAGCAUCCAUUUUGACAUGCCACUGCCAUCGGCGGCUCUCAACUCCCUCUCUCUCCGCAUCGGCACUUGCAUACCAGCUUUAUGCAGCGCCAGACUGCUCAACAUAUGGCUAAAUGACUAUGUGAAUUGGCUGAUGGAGCAGCGCACGACCCAAAUAACCACACUGGUUGAUGAAUCAAACUGUGCUGUUGCUCGCAAGGCGCCGAUGACAGGGCUGGAUUGGUUUGCUGUAGCUUUACUAAUAUUUUUCGGCUGCCUUGUGUUGUUUAGCACCAUACUGGACUAUAGCAAUUUUCCAUUGCCUUGGCUAAGCGCCUUUGCAUUGCGACCGAAUCUUCAACAGCUGCAGCAUAUAUAUCGUGGGUCCUCAAAUGUCGUUUAUUGUCUAAACGGCAUUCGGUGUCUGACCAUUAUUUGGAUCAUCUUUGGACACGGCUUUAUGUUUAUGCUGAUCUUACCCAAUAUCAAUAGCUACAAGAUAGUUGGCUGGGCCCAGACACCCUUCUCCAUGCUGCUGCAGAGCGGCUCCACUGCAGUGGACACUUUUUUUAUGCUCAGCGGCAUGUUGCUGGUCUUGGUGUCGAUGCGUGAGUUGGAUCGCAACGCGGGCAAAUUGAAUGUGCCGCUCAUGUAUUUGCAUCGCCUGGUCCGUUUGACCCCCGUCCUAGCCGUGGCUGUGCUGCUCUUCGUCACGCUCUUCCCGCGCCUAGACAGCGGACCAUUGUGGCAGGAGAUGACCAGUUCGUACCAGCUGUGCAAGUCCACUUGGUGGGCCACACUGCUCUAUGUGCAGAACUAUGCCGCGCCAGGACGCAUGUGCCUGGGCCACAGCUGGUAUUUGGCUGUGGACAUGCAGCUCUACAUAUUAUCGCCACUAUUGCUGCUGCCCUUGUGGCACUGGCGUCGCAAAGCGGUGGCAGGUAUUGUGGUAAUCAUAUUGCUGCUUUCUGCCUGCGUCUUCAGCAUCGUUAUGCUUAACGGAUUGGUUGUCUUCAAUCGCGACGGAAAUUUGGGCGCAGAUAGCGUAGAGAUGCGUAAGAUCUACUACACGACUCACGUGCGCGCCACGCCGUGGCUGAUUGGCCUGCUCUUCGGAUAUUUCCUGCACAGCGAGCGGAGCCGCAUCCGUCGCCGUUGCUCCAAGUGGCUGGUGCUCUGCCUUUGGUUAUUGGCGAUGGCCCUACUCUGCGUCGUGAUCUUUGGCGUCUUUCCAUACACACAACCCAAUAUGGCAGAAAUGACACCGUUGGCUGGGGCCUUUUAUUUAUGCUGCAGUCGCAUAGCCUGGUCGCUGGCCCUGUGCUGGAUUAUCUGGGCUUGCCAAAACGGCUAUGGUGGCAUCAUUAACUCGCUUCUCUCCUGGUCCCUCUGGCAGCCACUUUCAAAGCUCUCCUAUUGCAUGUACAUUUGGCAUCUGCUUGUGGAGACGGCGCAUGCGGGUCGCAUCCAGAACACCGUUCACUUCUCUAACUACGAUGGGAUACUGAAUUUCUGGUCGCAUUUUGGUAUCACGCUGCUCUUUUCAUUACUGAUGUAUUUGGCCGUUGAGUCGCCUUUGGUGCGUCUCGAGCUGCAGUUUUUAGGAACCAAUCUCAGAGAAAACCCGAAGACCACGAGCAUAUCCACACCGCCAACAGUUUCCAGACAAAAUCUAGUAGCCGCUGCCUAGAACUAAUUCAAACUGGCAAGAUUGUUCUUCACUAAUGUCUUUUAUUGUAAAGAUGCAUGUAGAAAGGCAUAUCGAUACAUCGCAACGAAACUUCAAUUUGUAGAAUCCGUUCAAAAAAGGGAGCAGCUCGUCGGCUUUAAUGAGUUCUGGUUCUGGCUACACCAUUUAGGUGUGAAAUUAAAAUGUUAUAUAUUUAUUACGUUCGUUAAGACUAGAAUUCGGUUUAACAAUGUACAUACGUUUAAAUACAUACAUAUGUACAUACAUACAUAUAUACAUACAAUAGGAACAUAUA